CAAAACAUGACAUUUCAUUUCACUCGAAAAAUUAUUUCACGAUUCAAAUUUGAAUUCGAUUAUUUUCAGUCCUUUUCAGUCGGGGCGCCACUAGCGACAGUGAAGCGAAGCUCUGCAUUGAUAUCGAUAUACCCCCAGCUGUUCAUUCUGGCGCUUGUUUACUAUUUCUAAUUUUUACAAAAAAUAUAAGUUGGGCCGUAGAAAUGGCCGUGGCGGCGGAUAAAAAGAGAAUCCUGAGCAGCGUGAAAUACGCGCAGAUCUGUCAGUUUGUCCACGGGUUCCAUGGACUGGCCAUCGACUGUGAAUUUGAAUUAAGGACUCGCUUCUCUCCGGAUGUGGAUCCGAUGGCCCUGACGUGCAUUUUGCAGUCGGAGCUGUUCAACAGGUCGCGCGGCCAGCACUGGCGGCACGACCAGCGGGCAAAGAAGCUACUAAAGACAUAUGAGGAGCAAGCUCAUCUGUACCACGACAAUGCUCUGAUCAUACGCAUGGCCUGUGCCGAGGGCGCCAAUCCAGUGGCUCUGUGCCGCAUCCUGCUGCAGGAGAAAUACGAUCUAAGGCAAAGGCCGCAGGUCUCCCGCCUGCUCAAGUAUCCGCAUUUGAUCAGCGAUCCCCGGCUGGCGGCCAAUGUGCAGCAGUGUAUGUACAGCGACAACCAAGAGGGACCCAUCACAGAUCUGCGUCGGCGCAUAAUUGGCGAGGAAUACGAGCUGAAGCUGAAGCACCUGGCCAAGGAGGCCGGCAUACACUUCUACGAUGAGCACGACCUGCGCCGCAUGGGCUACGACAAGACGCCCGACAUCAAAAUGAUACUGCCAUUCCUCUACAAGGGCACCGUUGUCAAUUGGAUCGAGAGCAAGGCCAAUUUCGGCGAUACCAAGAGCCACAAGUGGAACAUUCAUCAACAGUUGCAGAGCUAUUGCAAUCGCUUCGGCCCUGGCAUCAUCAUAUACUGGUUCGGCUAUCAGGAGGAGACUCCUACGCUUCCAGACAACAAUAUAGGCAUCACUGUACUGACGGACUUUCCAGCUAAAGAGGAUUUGGUCUUCAUGCUGCUACCGGAGGGACAAACCACAGCCAAAGAAUCCAUCGCCCCAAGUCCAGCUACUGUAGAAGCAGAUCCGCAUGCAUCUGCGGCUCGGGAACAGUCUACGACAAUCGCGAAAGGAGUUCCAAGCCCUUCAUGAGGGGUAGGAAUUGAUUGAUUGUCUUAAAUAGUAGUGAGUAGUGAGCAGGCAAAGGUUAUGAUCUGCUGUUGUUUUGUCUUCUAGUUUUUUUUCUUUGUGUCAAUUUUGUUUUAAAUGCAAACGGAACAGUUUCAAAUUUUUGGAAAUAGCUUCAAGUUGGAAUCAAGACGAAUGCAUUGCAUUUAAGCUGUAAUUUAAGUUUUAAAUGUAGCUGUAAGGCCAACGCAUGACAUGACAAUUGCUGCCAGCAGCAAAACUAAUUUAGGUAUAUGUAAUUUUUUUUAACAAUUUUCUUUUUUAUUAUGUACUGAUAAAUUCUCAUUUAUACACGAUUAAAUUUACUCAAUUUUUUAUGGUACAAAAACUCAUUGAUUUCUCCUCGUUUCUGUCAUUGUUUUUGAUUUGUAUAAACGUAAAUCCCAAAAAGGUGGCAGAGCUGAGCAGAGUAAUAAUUAUUGUUCUUAGA